AUGGAAUUACCAAGCUUUCAUCGGAAGAAUCAAACCAUAAAUGAUGAUGAAGAAUCUGUUGAAGCCCUUUUGAAGAAGAUGACCAUGGAUGCUGGGAAAAUACAAGACCAAGUACUUGAAGAGAUUCUAGCCAAGAAUUCCAAAACUGAGUAUUUGUCCAGAUUUUUUGCUGAUGCUGAUGAUAAUGUGAAACAAGUUUUCAAGAAGAAGGUUCCUUUGGUUGAGUACUCAGAUCUCUUGCCUUAUAUUGAUAGAAUUGCUGAUGGAGAGCCGCAUUCCAUUGUCUCAGCUGAUCCCAUUCUGGAGUUGAUUCGCAGCUCAGGGACUUCAGGUGGGAAGCAGAAGUUGUUUCCUAGGACUGCUCAAGAGCUAAGGCUUACUGCAUCUUUUCACGAAUGCUCUCGCAAUAUACUAAACAAGCACAUUGUUGAUGAUGAUCAGCCUCUGAAUGGAAGAAAGAGGAUGUUUCUUUCUUUCUUGGCACCUGAGAAUACUACUCCAAGCAAUUUAGUGGUAAGAAGUGCUGUAACCAGCAUAAUGCGGAACACCCUGGCCCAAUCCCUGCCUUUGAAUCCUCCCCUUGGUACCAGCCCUCCAGAAGUCACAAUGUGUAAGGAUGUGAGACAAAGUAUGUACUCCCAGUUGCUUUGUGGUCUCCUCCGGAGAGAAUCAGUCAUGAGUGUCGGGACAAUUUUCGCGGCUGGUUUUGUUCAUAUGAUCAAAUUUUUAGAGCAACACUGGGAAGCACUUUGCUGUAAUAUAAGACAAGGACGCAUCAGCGAUUGGAUUGAUGAUCCGAAAUGCAGGGGAGCUUUGUCUUACAUCUUGUCUAGGCCAAUGCCAGACUUGGCAGAUGCAAUUUCAAAGGAAUUUGAGAAUAAAUCAUGGGAAGGAAUCAUAAAGAAACUUUGGCCUGGAGUUAAGUGCAUUGAGACUGUGGUGACUGGAUCCAUGGCUCAAUACAUCCCAAAGCUGGAGUUCUAUGGUGGAGGGCUUCCGAUAGUUUCGAUGAUCUACGCCGCAUCUGAAGGUAGUUUUGGAAUAAAUCUUAAACCACUAAGCGAUCCUUACGAUGUCAGUUAUUGUCUUGCUCCGUGGAUGGCUUAUUACGAGUUCUUGCCCUUUGAUCCAACCUCUGAGGAUGAUGCUGAUCUCAAUAAUGGAAAAGUUGUUGAUCUUGUCCAUGUGAAAGUUGGUCAACAUUAUGAAUUGGUGGUGACUACUUGCUCAGGCUUGAACAGAUACAGGGUGGGAGAUAUUCUGAUGGUGAGUUCAUUUCACAACAAUGCACCACAAUUCCGAUUCGUGCGAAGGAAGAAUGUGAUACUGAGUAUUGACUUUGAUAAGACUACUGAAGAAGACCUAAUCAAAACAAUUUCAAAAGCAAUACACAACAUCCUUGAACCGCAUGGUUUUCUCCUCACUGACUACACGAGCUAUGCCGAUUCGCGCUCCUUUCCCGGCCAUUAUGUCCUGUUUUGGGAGCUUCAAGAUCAUGGAGGAUUAGGACAUGAUGAUGGAUUUGUUCAAAUGAUGAGGGGUUGCUGUAAUCUAGUGGAUGAAUCAUUGGAUGAAGCAUAUAAGAAGUGUAGAGUUCGCAAUUUGAUCGGUCCCUUGGAAAUUAAGGUUGUGAAACAAGGGACGUUUGAUGCGCUCAUGGAUUUCACGCUUUCUCGCCGAAAAUCUGCUUCUCCUAGUCAGUACAAACCACUUAAGUGCAUUACAUCUGAGGAUGCGAUUCAGAUGAUGAAUUCCAUGGUGAUUGCUACAUUUUUCAGCAAUUGA